AUGACCGCGGACGUGCCCGCGGCCGAGGCCAUGGACGUCGAUAAACCCGAGCCCUCCGGCAAGUCCUCGGGCGAGGGCGAGGCCAGGACCGAGCCAGCGGCGUCGGACGGCCAGAACCUCGUCGACGCCCUCAGGCAGCUCGAGGACGACCCGAGCAGCGAGGAGGACGAGGAUCUCGCGGCGGGCGGCGGCAAGAAGAAGGUGUUGGUCGGGGGCGAGGGCGCCGACUUCGUCGCCGCGGAGCUCGGGCGGAACCCCGACGUCGCGGACGCGAUCAAGCGCAUCCAGGACCAGGGCGCGCUCAAGACGGUGGGGAUCGACAGGGAGAGCGACGCGGAGCCCCUCCUCGGGCUCCUCGGGCAGCUCGGCAUGACGCGCGCGGAGGUGUACAGGCACACGCUCGACGACGCCCUCAAAGAACUGCGCGAUCGCAUCGAGGCCAUGCCCCAGGGAACCCUCCUCUCGUUGCUCGACGCGUCGUUCCCUUACAUCGGCAUCGAGGAGCUCAAGGCGAUUCCCUUAGCCGCGCUCGAGCACCUCAAGCCGGUGCCCUCCUCCUACCUCAAGCAGAUAUCGCGCAACGUCGAACUCUUCAGGCAGCUCCCCGUGGAGGUCCAGAGGCAGUGCUGGGAACUCCGCGGCGAGCUCCUCCGGAGACACACCGCCCCCGCGUUGACCGCGUACGCCGAGGAGACGGCGACGACGAUGCGAAACCUAGACCAGGAUCUCGCGCUCGCGCCGCUCGACGUAAACGAGGGAUUCGCCGUGUACAUCCCCGGCACGGCGCCUUCCUCGACCGAGGGAGGUCAAAAAGGUCACGCACCCAAGCCGCACGUGCCCGGUCUGCCCCGCGCGUCCCUCAGGCGCGCGUCCGCGUCGGUGCAGAGGCUCAAGCGCGUCGUCGGCGAUUCGAAGAAGCUCUACCUGGGCGUGGUGAUCAAUUGUCGCGUGCACUUCGCCGAACACGGCGAUGUUGGCGCGUGUUCCCUGCGCUCGCAGCUGCUCAUGUCGCUGCACGACGACGAGAAGACGGGGCUGUGCGGCGUGGAUAGGUGUCACAGGCUCGCGUGGCUCGCGGACGCGUGCGUCAGGGACAGGUGCCUGGACGGUCGGCGGUGCGCGGAAAUCGUGCAAAUCAUCGAAAAGAUCGAUUUCGACUCCAAGGCUGGGGAGAGGGCCGCGAGGGCGAAAACGGCCGGGUCGAAGAAGAAGGCGACCCCGCCCGCGCCUUCGAGGAAGAUGGCCACGAGGAGUGCCCCGCCGAAGCUUCCGACACUCAAGUUUACGUUUGGAAAGAAAAAAGACGAGGAGAAAAAAGACGAGGAGAAAAAAGAGGAGGACGCGAAGGAGCCAGCCGCGACGGCGCCCGCCGCGGAGCCGCCCGCGGCGGUCCCCGCGGAGCCCAGCGUCGGCGGCGGUAACACCGACGUCGGAGCGCCGGGUCCCACCGCGAGCGACGCCGACGACGGCGUGAGCGACGCCCCCGCCGGCUCCGUCGUCGCGGACCUCAGCAACGCGAGCGGCGAGAACCUGCUCGGCGACGCCGCGAUGUGCCUUCGAGAUCCGCCCGUGCUUCACCUCCUCUUGCACGAGACGCUUCGCACCCUGGACGCCGCGCUGGAAAAAAAUAAGAACGCCAAGAAGAUCGAGCCCCUGUCGAAGAACGCGAGGCUGGAGGAGCUCACGCGGCUCGUGACGCUCGCGCUCGCGGCGAGGAGGAUCUUGAGGGACCGCGCCCCGUCCUUUCCGGAAGUGCCCGCCGAACUGAUGGACCGGUUCUACCCGCUGUUGGGCGACGUCAUCGCGUCCGGGGGUUUCCUCGGGGACACGAUCGACGAUGAGGGUAAGGCUGGGGACGCGGGGGGGACGCCAUCGGACGAGGAGGGCGAGGUUCCGGAGGAUAUGGAGCUGGCGGAGGUUGAGGAGACCAACGAGGACGGCGAGAUUGUUUUGGUCAAAAAGUGGCGCCCGCGGAGCAAACCCGCGUUUCGCAUCAAGAUCAACGUGAAGAGCGCCAAGAAGGCGAGCGUGAAGCAACAAAUCGCGGAGCUCUCGGAGAUGAUGAAAACGUCCGACGUGGCGAGGAAGAUCGCGCUCACUCACGCGCUGCGACGUCUGAGGGAAGGCGACGUCGCGGGAGCGAAUCCGAUAUUAGCCGCAGCCGCCGCCGGGGGCUUGCCGGACGCCAGGGUCGGGGACGAACAACCGUUCGCGGUCACCCUGGCGCGCAGACUCGCGGCCAUGAACAGCGGGAUGGGCGCGGUGGAAGCCGCGGCGCCGGGCGGCGCGCUGUGGCGCAACGCGGUGGACGGGUGCCUGCUCCGGUGCUGCGUCGCCGGCCUCGAAGUUCACGAGGAGACGCUCCGACUGGUGCUCGCCGCGUCGGCGCGCAUGACCGGCGAGGACCUCUGUUCAAUCGUCGAGUCCACGUUGCACGUCACGCGCAAGUCGCGCAAGGUGAACAAGCGCCGCGCCAAGCCCAUCGUGUACGAGUACGAGCCCAUCAAGCCCGUCAAGGGCGUCAUCGCGGGUCGGCGCGGGUUGGGAGGGGGGGUUGGAGGAGGCGGCUCGUUCGGCGGCCCCGGGUUAGGGGGCUCGAGCGGCGACCUCGGCGGGUACGCCUCCGCGUCGUCCGUCGGUGGUUUAGGCGGGUACACCAGCGGUGGCACGGACGCCGGCAGCGACGGCGCGCCCGGCAAUAAUAGCGGCGCGGACGGGGUGCAGGCGACGUACCAGCUGCUCGUUCGUCGCGAGUCGGCGAGGUUGACGGAGGCGGCGGCGCCGAAGCUGCACGAGUACCUGGCGAGGAAGGACAGGCGGGACAUGAAGAGGAGCGGGCGGGCGGUGGGCGGGGUGGGGGACGAGGACGACGCGGGACGGCCGUUCUCCCCGUGA